UUUUUUUUUUUUUUUUUUUUUUUGCAGCCUGGUCUCAAUUCAUGCCUCUGCCCCUUGCUGCAGUCCCUGAGAGGUGUUAGGGUAUUGCCACCUGCAAGAGCUGCUUCAGUCCUCCCCUUUUUUGUGGCUGAUGGGGUCCUGAAGGUUGGGAAGCUCUGCUGCAGUGUACUAUGGCUGUGGCAGACACCUGGGUGCUGGCAUAAACAAACCCCAAGAGGAGGAAGGAAGGAGGGAGACCACUGGGGUGGCUGGUGACUCUUAAUCCACCAUAACUUCUGCAGGAGAGCCUUGGUCAGAUGCCUGAUUAAAACCAUUGGCCAAGACCAUUUGGUGUUAUUUUGUGUGCUUUCUAACACCUUCUGAUACUACUGGGGAGUAGCAAAUCAAAGAUCAAUGAUAAUUUUGCAUACAGGUAUGAAAAUAAGCUUUGAUGCGGAAGAAACUGAGGUAGUGCUUGGUGGAAGGGGUAUGGCAGAAACUUGGUACAUAGGGGAGAAAUGAGAAAUACAUUCUUACAGCAGCCAACUGGAGCAAAAUUCUUGUGCAGCUUAGGAGUCCUGAGAGCAACUCACAAGACAUAUCCUCUAAUUCCCUCCUUCUCCCCCCUUUGUCUUUGUUGCGGCCCCUCUGGAUAGGUACGGAGCCCUAAUCUCUCUGGCAUGCAAAUAACCACUGCCACACGUUUGCCAUGCUCUCAACCUUCACCCAUUUUCCAAGUCUAGUCCCUUGUAGCAGGGAAAGGAAAGUGAGGGCUAAUACAGAGGGCACGGAGGGAGACCUUGUAGUAAAUGUUUGCCUGCUAUGCUCUUCUCUUGCAGAAUCUGCAGAUCUCUUGCUGUCUCCCUGUGUCACUCUACCUCAUCCCGGCUUGCCUUUCCCCACCCAGGCUAGACAAUGGGGAGAGCUGACCCAGAGGAAGGGCAGCUCCCAGCUCCUGUGAAGCCCCCAGAUGGUGGCUGGGGUUGGAUCGUGCUCUUUGGCUGCUUUGUGAUCACUGGCUUCUCCUAUGCCUUCCCGAAAGCUGUCAGUGUCUACUUCAAGGAGCUCAUGAAAGAUUUCCACGUGGGCUACAGUGACACGGCCUGGAUCUCCUCUAUCAUGCUGGCCAUGCUCUAUGGAACAGGACCAGUAUGCAGCAUCAUGGUGAACCAGUUUGGCUGCCGGCCUGUGAUGCUCAUCGGAGGGCUGCUAGCUUCCUCUGGGAUGAUUCUGGCUUCUUUUACCACCAACAUCAUUGAGCUUUAUCUGACAGCUGGUGUCCUGACAGGUCUGGGUAUGGCAUUGAACUUCCAGCCCUCACUGAUCAUGCUGGGCACCUACUUUGACAAACGUCGGCCUCUUGCCAAUGGACUGGCUGCUGCUGGGAGCCCUGUCUUCCUUUCCUCCCUCUCUCCACUGGGGCAAGUGCUGCUGGAGAAGUUUGGUUGGCGAGGAGGGUUCCUCAUCAUGGGGGGCCUUCUACUCAACUGCUGCACGUGUGGAGCAGUCAUGAGACCCCUGGAUACAGGCAUGAAGCGGAAAACGGAGAAAGCUCAGGACAAAUAUGAAGCCAAGGAGAUGCUGCCCAUGGGAGGCAAGUCAGAAGAGGGCAUCAGCACCACUGAUGGAACCAAGAAAGCCAAGAAAGCCAAAAAGAAGCCCAAGAAAGGAAAGAAGCUGUUGGAUUUCAGCAUCUUUUCCAACCGAGGCUUCAUCAUUUACACUAUCUCAAAGUUCAUCCUGGUCUUGGGUCUCUUCGUGCCCCCCAUCUUGCUGGUCAACUACGCCAAGGACACAGGAGUACCAGACACAGAGGCCGCAUUCUUGCUCUCCAUCAUUGGUUUCAUCGACAUCUUUGCCCGGCCAGCGUGUGGCAUGGUGGCAGGCUUGAAGUGGGUCCGCCCUCACGUGGCAUACCUGUUCAGCUUCUCUAUGCUCUUCAAUGGCUUGACAGACAUCUGCAGUGCCAGGGCUAGCAAUUACACGGGGCUGGUCAUCUUCUGUGUCUUUUUCGGCAUUUCUUACGGCAUGGUAGGGGCUCUGCAGUUCGAGGUGCUGAUGGCCAUCGUUGGCUCCCAGAAGUUCUCCAGUGCCAUCGGGCUGGUCCUACUUAUCGAGGCUUUUGCUGUGCUCAUUGGUCCACCCUCUGCAGGCCGCUUGGUUGAUGCUCUCAAGAACUACGAGGUGAUCUUCUACUUGGCAGGCUCAGAGGUGGCGCUCUCCGCUCUCUUCCUGGCCAUGGCCACCUACUGCUGCCUGAACAAAGGGAAGAAGACACCUCCCCCAGAGAAAAACCCUUCAGCAGGUGGUGGGAGUGAUACUGAAGAAGCCGAGUCUGAUGUGCAGGAAGCUGAGGAGCACAGCAGCGAUAACCACCAGCCAGCCCAUGGCACUGACAAGGCCAUGGUGGCAGCCAAUGAGGAGGCCAACCAUGUGGAGGAUGAGCAGAGUGGGGAGGGAGGCAGGUGUCCUGAGGCGGAUGGGGAGGUGUUGGCACGAGCUGGCUGCAAUGCCGACCAGACAGUGGAGAGGGACAGUUUUUAGCCAGGGAAGAGGAAUGGGGAUGUAAAUUACUGGCCUGGUUUGUGUGUAACUCAGUGUGGGAGUGUAGAUGGGAUGUGGAUUGGAAAAAAGUAAGACAAAAGCAAAUGUAAGAGAUAAAAGGGUGAAAGUCUAAGAAUAGCUGGUCCUCAUGUACAUAUGUCCACAUACCUACACAGAGAUAUGUCUACUUGCAUCCUGCACCAUGCUGGUACAACGCAGGCUCAGUGCAGCCCAACCACCAGAAUCUUCUUCCCCCUACCUCCAAACCAGCCCUGGAAAAUAUAUUUUGAAGGGGCUGCGAAGGACUCUCCUUUUCUUUCUGCAUUGUCACAAUACAGAACACAAUU